GACUGUUGUCGACCAAGAGCAUGAGUCGCCAUACAUCCCUCAGAAGCGAUCGAACACUAGCAAAGGUCGCCACACAGUCACGUCAAUGACGGCCGGUGUGCUUCCGGACGUUCACGAAACCGUCCAAACCCAAGCGCCUAUUCCCCGACUGGCCGCUGAGAAGCCUACCAUCAAAGAUUUCGUCCAUGACUCUAAGAAAUGGCCAACAGUUGUCCUCAAGUACGGAGAGCAGAACGGAGGAGAAUGGGUCGACCUUAGAUGCCCAGAGUGCGGUUGCAACGCCCCUACAACCGGUAUUGGUUUCCUUAAAGGAGCGAAUGGUAUGAAGUAUCAUAUGAUGUCGGGCCACGACUUCAAAGCAACCGAGAAUUUCAUCCUUCUGGCCCAGACUCACGCCUCAUACACCACCGAACAAAUCUUUCAUCUAAACACUGGAGGACCUCUCGCUCCUGCCAUACCUUUGAUACCAGCUAUUGGGAAGGGAGGGAAGACGGCUGAGAGUGGCGAUCGUAUGGCUGGAGGUGGAUUGGCCGAGACGGUGGCCACGGCACCUGCGUCUAAGAAGACUGGAUCCCAAGGCGCCGCGAAGAAGAAGAAAGGACAUAGUUGGAGUGCCGUCACUUACGGACCUCGCCGAACGAGCAAGCCUAGCACUCUUGGACAGACCCAACUAUCGUUCUCCGAAGAAGAGACCCCCCAGCAGAAUGCAAAGAGCGGAGCUGCCUUGGACGAGAGCCAGCAAGUGACGGACAGCAACCAGAAAGCAGCCAAUGGAGAACACGAUGACUCGACUCUGACGGCUCCUAUUGAGAUCAACUAGGACGAGGUAUCAGGCGUCCCCUGUGCAUGGAAUAAGCCAGUGUACGAAGGCUACUCGGAGAGCUCAAAUUAAUUCGGAGCCUUUAUGAGCCGCCUUUACGGAAUGCGGUAGAGGUGUGGGGUAUGAUGUAGGCCUUGGAAGUUUGAUGGGAGUAUCAAAGGGCUCGAAUUUCCCUUCAACAGAUGCGUUUUACCGUAUUGCACUUAUUGGUGUAGCAUUGGUAACAAAGGUAAUAUUGGGGAAAUACUGUUGGACGGAUGUUUUGCAGCAAGUUCGACCCACGAAUUGAUCAUCCAUGCCUCGAAGAUUCUCAAUGAAGAAAGAUUGAUGUAACAAAAACCGUCGAGUGAGGUUAUAUGUGACACAGCG